AUGAAUGAUUAUAUGGAUUACAUAAAGGGGAUUAAAAUAUAUAUAGAUGAUUCAGCAAAUAAAAUUCAAGAAAGAGUGGCUGAUAUUGUUAGAGUCGAUGAAAUCAGAGAUUUGAAUAAAAUGCAAGCUAAAAAAUAUAGAAAUAGAAAUAACAAUAAAGAACCUUUUCUGGUUACUUCAGGUGAAGUAUUUCAGCCAGAAAUUGAAUUAUAAAAAUUAUAAUAACAAAAUUAAUAACUUAAUGAAAAGAUGAAAGAAUUAAAAGAACAAAGAACAAACCUUAAAUUUUAACUUGGAAAAUAUAGAUAACUUAUAGCUGAUAAAAGAAAGAUGAUAAAUAAAGAAUGUAGAUAUGGUUUUCAAUUACUUACAUAAACCAGAAGACUUAGAAUUUUGAAUGAGAAAAAGAGUAAAUUUCCUUAACUAUUUAUUACUUCCACUUCCACGAUAUCAGAAAAGAAACUAAAUUAAGUUCAUAUUCUCUUAAGAGAUGUAAUAAAGACUGAAAGAUAAACUCCAUUAUUUAGAAGCAAUCGUAGAUAUACUUUUGAUUAAUUAUGCAAUUAAAUAAAACAGAAUAUUUAGCUACAUACAUAAUCACUUACCAAAAAUUAAAUAAUACUUUCUUGA